AUGCGACUACCUUUUCAUCUUCCUGAUCAACAACAAGUCAUAUAUGCUGCAGACGAUGAUAUUGCCGAUGUUCUUGAACAACCUUCAGUUGCUGCUUCUAUGUUCACAUCUUGGAUGGAAUGUAAUAAAAUUAAUAAAGAUGCACGAAAACUUACAUAUGUUGAAUUUCCUACAAAGUUUGUUUGGAAACCUAAUGAUAGGUUGUGGAAGCCAUGGAAAAUUGGACGUUCAAUAGGAAGGAUUCACUCGGUUUCACCUAAACUUGGCGAAGUUUACUUCUUACGGAUUCUUUUAAAUAAAGUGAAAGGUCCAAAAUCAUUUGAAGAAAUUCGUACGGUAAAUGGUGAAGAAUUUCCUACUUUUCGAGAUGCAUGUUAUGCUUUGGGACUCUUAGAUGACGACAAAGAAUAUGUCGAUGCAGAUAAGGAAGCAAGUCAUUCAAGAACUGGUUUUUAUUUGCGUUUCUUAUUUUCUACGAUGUUAAUGUCUAACAGUUUGGGUAGACUAGAGUUUGUUUGGGAAAAUACAUGGCAACACUUGUCGGAUGGUAUUCUUUACAACCAACAACGUAGAUUAAAGUCUCCAGGUUUAUCGCUCAAUGAGGAUCAACUUAAAAACUUGACUUUGUUCGAGAUCGAACAGAUUUUACUUCGUAACAACACCAGUCUUAAAAAUUAUAAAAAAAAUGCCUUACCACUGAGGAUCAACUUAAAAACAUGA